AUGGAUGUUCAGAUCAUUAGCAAAGAAAUCUUACCUAUGUUCAGAGGCCAAGUUCUCAAGUGUGUGCAUGUUGGAACAGGCAGGCUCAGAGCUUCCAAAGCAGCAACAGAAGUAAUCUUAAACGUUCCUGAAACUAGGGUGAGUCCCCUGGAAAACGGCUUGCAAGUAGCUUCUGAAGACUCUGGACUCUCAACGUGCACAGUUGGGCUUUGGAUUGAUGCUGGAAGCAGGUAUGAAAAUGAGAAGAACAAUGGAACUGCUCACUUCCUUGAGCAUAUGGCUUUCAAGGGAACAAAAAAGAGAUCUCAGUUAGACCUUGAACUAGAGAUUGAGAACAUGGGAGCUCAUCUGAAUGCGUAUACAUCCAGGGAGCAAACCGUGUAUUACGCAAAGGCUUUUUCGAAAGACUUACCAAGAGCUGUGGAAAUUCUUGCUGACAUAAUACAGAACAGUACCCUGGGAGAAGCAGAGAUUGAGCGUGAGCGAGGAGUUAUACUUCGAGAGAUGCAAGAGGUUGAAACCAAUUUACAAGAAGUUGUCUUUGAUUACCUUCAUGCUACAGCCUAUCAGAAGACAGCCCUAGGACGGACAAUUUUAGGACCCACUGAAAACAUCAAAUCCAUAAACCGUAAUGACUUGGUGGAGUACAUAACAACACAUUACAAAGGACCCAGAAUGGUCCUGGCUGCUGCUGGAGGGGUCUCUCAUGAUGAGCUACUUGACCUAGCAAAGUGCCACUUUGGUAACUUGCCAUCGGCUCCAGAAGGAGGACUGCCACCCCUGCCACCUUGUAGCUUCACAGGUAGUGAGAUUCGUAUAAGAGAUGAUAAGAUGCCCUUGGCACACAUUGCGAUAGCUGUUGAAGCAGCUGGUUGGUCGCACCCAGAUACAAUCCCACUCAUGGUAGCGAAUACUCUGAUAGGUAAUUGGGAUCGUUCCUUUGGAGGAGGCGUGCAGAAUUUAUCCAGUAAACUUGCUCAGAUUGCCUGCCAUGGUAACCUGUGUCACAGUUUCCAGUCCUUCAACACCUGCUACACUGAUACAGGGCUGUGGGGACUCUAUAUGGUCUGUGAGCCAUCCACUAUACAGGACAUGGUGCACUUUGUUCAGAGAGAAUGGAUAAGACUUUGCACAAGUGUUACAGAAAAUGAAGUAGCUCGAGCAAAAAAUCUUCUAAAGACAAAUAUGCUGCUACAACUUGAUGGAUCCACACCAAUCUGUGAAGACAUUGGAAGACAAAUGCUGUGUUAUAAGCGCCGAAUCCCAAUUCCAGAACUUGAGGCAAGAAUUGAAGCUAUUGAUGCCCAGACUAUUAGAGAAGUUUGCACAAAGUACAUCUACAAUAAGCAUCCUGCAGUUGCAGCCGUGGGUCCAAUUGAACAACUUCCAGAGUAUAACAAAAUCUGCAGUGGCAUGUAUUGGCUUCGUGAGUAGUGAAUAACAAGAACUUUCAGUGUGUUUGAGCUUUUAAAAACAAACAAACAAAAACCCCAACAAA